GUCAGGGUGUAAACUAGAGACAGACAGACAGACAUUCCAAUUCCUUUUCAAAUAUGUGUGUGUUGGUUUCCAGGACAGCUAGAAACUCCGGAUGAACGCCCUUUAGCCAAAGUGUUGGUCAAAUAAAGCUAGGAGAGAAUUAGAGCGCAACUUUUCUUUUUCAUUUGUAUGUGGUGUUUUCCAAUCCCUGUAUUUGUGUUGCAUGUUUUCAGGAGAGCCCCAACCUGUCAUUGGGAAGGGAUGUUUCCAGGCCUCUGCCUGCCCUGUUGUUCUGCUGUCAGGUGGGGGUAGGGAGGACCAACCUUGCCAUGAUCCUGGGGACCCUGGUCCUCAACCACCUGAAGACCACCCAGGAACCACCACAGUAAGACAGGACUCAACCUCCACAACCAAACUGGAACCUAGCCUAGAGAUACACUACAUGGCCAAAAGUAUGUGGACACCUGCUCGUCAAACAUCUCAUUCCAAAAUCAUGGGCAUUAACAUGGAGUUGGUCCCCCCCCCCCCUUUGCUGGUAUCACAGCCUCCACUCUUCUGGGAAGGCUUUCCACUAGAUGUUGAAACAUUGCUGUGGGGACUUGCUUCCAUUCAGCCACAAGAGCAUUAGUGAGGUCGGGCACUGAUGUUUGGCGAUUUGGCCAAGGCUCGCAGUCGCAGCCUUCCAAUUCAUCCUGAAGGUGUUCGAUUGUGUUGAGGUCAGGUCUCUGUGCAGGCCAGUCAAGUUCUCCCACACCGAUCUCGACAAACCAUUUCUAUAUGGACCUCGCUUUGUGCACGGGUGCAUUGUCAUGCUGAAACAGGAAACGGCCUUCCCCAAACUGUUGCCACAAAUUUGGAAGCACAGAAUCGUCUAGAAUGUCAUUGUAUGCUGUAGUGUUAAGAUUUCCCUUCACUGGAACUAAGGGACCUAGCCUGAACCAUGAAAAACAGCCCCAGACCAUUAUUCCUCCUCCACCAACCUUUACAGUUGGCACUAUGCAUUCGGGCAGGUAGCGUUCUCCUUGCAUCCGCCAAACCCAGAUUAGAGAACGCGUUUCCCCUCCUCAAGAGUGCAAUGGCGGGGAGCUUUAUUCCACUCCAGCGGUCCCGUUCUGUGAGCUUGUGUGGUCUACCACUUUGCGGCUGAGCUGUUGUUGCUCCUAGAUGUUUCCACUUCACAAUAACAGCACUUACAGGGCAGACAUUUGAUGAACUGACUUGUUGGAAAGGUGGCAUUCUAUGACGGUGCAACAUUAAAGGUCACUGAGCUCUUCAGUACGGGCCAUUCUACUGCCAAUGUUUGUCUAACGAGAUUUCAUGGCUGUGUGCUCGAUUUUAUACACCUGUCAGCAACAGGUGUGGCUGAAAUAUCCGAAUCCACUAAUUUGAAGGGGUGUCCACAUACUUUUGUAUAUGUAGUGUAUUGCCAGGCUAUCAUUGCAUAUAAUAAUUUGUUCUUAAUUGACCUGUCUGGUAAAAUAAAGGUAAAAUAUAAAAAAUCACUAUGAAACUGAUCCAGAUUAUACCCAGAGGGUAACAUUUGGCACGUGAUGUGUUAAUGAUGUUUUCUGUUUGCAAACUGUUUUUCUGCUUGAGUAAACAUCAUUAUAACCAGAUUUGCUGGGCAGGCCUACAUUUCUAUCAAAACAUUGGAUUGGUCAGUGUCAUAAUAAUGCAGUGGUGAUGUAGUUAAACUGUAAGGAAGUGUUUUAAAGAUGGCUGCCUGUCCGGUUUGUUAUUUGCAGAGUGGAGGAGGCAGAAGCCAAGCCCAGUGUUCCAAGUCAUUCAGACCCUCAUCGACAAACUACCUGAAGGACAACAGGUCAUGGAAGAGGUGAGUGAUCUAGAAAUGACUCCACUAGUUAGGUACAUUGUGCUAGUUCCCAGUAUUGAAAUCAUGUUCUGUCCCUUUUGUUCUUCAGGUUGACCAAGCGAUCGCCCUGUGUUCAGAAAUGCACAACAUAAAAGAAGCAAUAUACGAAAAUAAGAAGAAACUUGAAGCGAUCGGAGAUGAUUAUCAAAUUCAGGUAGGUUAUGUUUCAGAUUGAUCAAAACUUUAUCAGUACACUAUGAUCAUUUUGAUACAGUAAUAUGAUGCUCCAGUGCUUAGCUGGUAUGUUAUGAUACUAGGGAGCAGUACCCAAGACUACUGUCUGACUCCUUGAUGUCUGUCUCUUCUAGGGAGCAGUACCAAAGACUACUGUCUGACUCCUUGAUGUCUGUCUCUUCUAGGGAGCAGUACCAAAGACUACUGUCUGACUCCUUGAUGUCUGUCUCUUCUAGGGAGCAGUACCAAAGACUACUGUCUGACUCCUUGAUGUCUGUCUCUUCUAGGGAGCAGUACCAAAGACUACUGUCUGACUCCUUGAUGUCUGUCUCUUCUAGGGAGCAGUACCAAAGACUACUGUCUGACUCCUUGAUGUCUGUCUCUUCUAGGGAGCAGUACCAAAGACUACUGUCUGACUCCUUGAUGUCUGUCUCUUCUAGGGAGCAGUACCAAAGACUACUGUCUGACUCCUUGAUGUCUGUCUCUUCUAGGGAGCAGUACCAAAGACUACUGUCUGACUCCUUGAUGUCUGUCUCUUCUAGGGAGCAGUACCAAAGACUACUGUCUGACUCCUUGAUGUCUGUCUCUUCUAGGGAGCAGUACCAAAUACUACUGUCUGACUCCUUGAUGUCUGUCUCUUCUAGGGAGCAGUACCAAAGACUACUGUCUGACUCCUUGAUGUCUGUCUCUUCUAGGGAGCAGUACCAAAGACUACUGUGUGACUCCUUGAUGUCUGUGACUCCUUGAUGUCUGUCUCUUCUAGGGAGCAGUACCAAAGACUACUGUCUGACUCCUUGAUGUCUGUCUCUUCUAGGGAGCAGUACCCAAGACUACUGUCUGACUCCUUGAUGUCUGUCUCUUCUAGGGAGCAGUACCAAAGACUACUGUCUGACUCCUUGAUGUCUGUCUCUUCUAGGGAGCAGUACCAAAGACUACUGUCUGACUCCUUGAUGUCUGUCUCUUCUAGGGAGCAGUACCCAAGACUACUGUCUGACUCCUUGAUGUCUGUCUCUUCUAGGGAGCAGUACCAAAUACUACUGUCUGACUCCUUGAUGUCUGUCUCUUCUAGGGAGCAGUACCAAAGACUACUGUCUGACUCCUUGAUGUCUGUCUCUUCUAGGGAGCAGUACCAAAUACUACUGUCUGACUCCUUGAUGUCUGUCUCUUCUAGGGAGCAGUACCAAAGACUACUGUCGGACUCCUUGAUGUCUGUCUCUUCUAGGGAGCAGUACCAAAGACUACUGUCGGACUCCUUGAUGUCUGUCUCUUCUAGGGAGCAGUACCAAAGACUACUGUCUGACUCCUUGAUGUCUGUCUCUUCUAGGGAGCAGUACCCAAGACUACUGUCUGACUCCUUGAUGUCUGUCUCUUCUAGGGAGCAGUACCAAAUACUACUGUCUGACUCCUUGAUGUCUGUCUCUUCUAGGGAGCAGUACCAAAGACUACUGUCUGACUCCUUGAUGUCUGUCUCUUCUAGGGAGCAGUACCAAAGACUACUGUCUGACUCCUUGAUGUCUGUCUCUUCUAGGGAGCAGUACCAAAGACUACUGUCUGACUCCUUGAUGUCUGUCUCUUCUAGGGAGCAGUACCAAAGACUACUGUCUGACUCCUUGAUGUCUGUCUCUUCUAGGGAGCAGUACCCAAGACUACUGUCUGACACCUUGAUGUCUGUCUCUUCUAGGGAGCAGUACCAAAUACUACUGUCUGACUCCUUGAUGUCUGUCUCUUCUAGGGAGCAGUACCAAAGACUACUGUCUGACUCCUUGAUGUCUGUCUCUUCUAGGGAGCAGUACCAAAGACUACUGUCUGACUCCUUGAUGUCUGUCUCUUCUAGGGAGCAGUACCAAAGACUACUGUCUGACUCCUUGAUGUCUGUCUCUUCUAGGGAGCAGUACCAAAUUCUACUGUCUGACUCCUUGAUGUCUGUCUCUUCUAGGGAGCAGUACCCAAGACUACUGUCUGACUCCUUGAUGUCUGUCUCUUCUAGGGAGCAGUACCAAAGACUACUGUCGGACUCCUUGAUGUCUGUCUCUUCUAGGGAGCAGUACCAAAGACUACUGUCGGACUCCUUGAUGUCUGUCUCUUCUAGGGAGCAGUACCAAAGACUACUGUCUGACUCCUUGAUGUCUGUCUCUUCUAGGGAGCAGUACCAAAUACUACUGUCUGACUCCUUGAUGUCUGUCUCUUCUAGGGAGCAGUACCAAAUACUACUGUCUGACUCCUUGAUGUCUGGACCCCCCCCCCAACUUCUUCUAGGGAGCAGUACCAAAGACUACUGUCUGACUCCUUGAUGUCUGUCUCUUCUAGGGAGCAGUACCAAAGACUACUGUCUGACUCCUUGAUGUCUGUCUCUUCUAGGGAGCAGUACCAAAGACUACUGUCUGACUCCUUGAUGUCUGUCUCUUCUAGGGAGCAGUACCAAAGACUACUGUCUGACUCCUUGAUGUCUGUCUCUUCUAGGGAGCAGUACCAAAGACUACUGUCUGACUCCUUGAUGUCUGUCUCUUCUAGGGAGCAGUACCAAAGACUACUGUCUGACUCCUUGAUGUCUGUCUCUUCUAGGGAGCAGUACCAAAGACUACUGUCUGACUCCUUGAUGUCUGUCUCUUCUAGGGAGCAGUACCAAAGACUACUGUCUGACUCCUUGAUGUCUGUCUCUUCUAGGGAGCAGUACCAAAGACUACUGUCUGACUCCUUGAUGUCUGUCUCUUCUAGGGAGCAGUACCAAAUACUACUGUCUGACUCCUUGAUGUCUGUCUCUUCUAGGGAGCAGUACCAAAGACUACUGUCUGACUCCUUGAUGUCUGUCUCUUCUAGGGAGCAGUACCAAAGACUACUGUCUGACUCCUUGAUGUCUGUCUCUUCUAGGGAGCAGUACCCAAAGACUACUGUCUGACUCCUUGAUGUCUGUCUCUUCUAGGGAGCAGUACCAAAGACUACUGUCUGACUCCUUGAUGUCUGUCUCUUCUAGGGAGCAGUACCAAAGACUACUGUCUGACUCCUUGAUGUCUGUCUCUUCUAGGGAGCAGUACCAAAGACUACUGUCUGACUCCUUGAUGUCUGUCUCUUCUAGGGAGCAGUACCCAAAGACUACUGUCUGACUCCUUGAUGUCUGUCUCUUCUAGGGAGCAGUACCAAGACUACUGUCUGACUCCUUGAUGUCUGUCUCUUCUAGGGAGCAGUACCAAAGACUACUGUCUGACUCCUUGAUGUCUGUCUCUUCUAGGGAGCAGUACCAAAGACUACUGUCUGACUCCUUGAUGUCUGUCUCUUCUAGGGAGCAGUACCAAAGACUACUGUCUGACUCCUUGAUGUCUGUCUCUUCUAGGGAGCAGUACCAAGACUACUGUCUGACUCCUGAUGUCUGUCUCUUCUAGGAAACAACCAAGACUACUGUCUGACUCCUUGAUGUCUCUCUUCUAGGGAGCAGUACCCAAGACUACUGUCUGACUCCUUGAUGUCUGUCUCUUCUAGGGAGCAGUACCAAAGACUACUGUCUGACUCCUUGAUGUCUGUCUCUUUAGGGAAGCACAACCAAAGACUACUGUCUGACUCCUUGAUGUCGUCUCUUCUAGGAGCAGUACCAAAGACUACUGUCUGACUCCUUGAUGUCUGUCUCUUCUAGGGAGCAUACCAAAGACUACUGUCUGAUCCUUGAUGUCUGUCUCUUCUAGGGAGCAACCAAAGACUACUGUCUGACUCCUUGAUGUCUGUCUCUUCUAGGGAGCAUACCAAGACUACUGUCUGACUCCAGCGUCUCUUCAGGGGCGUACAAGUACUUUCUGACCUGAUGUUGUCUUUCUAGAGCAGUACCAAAGAUACUGUGCUAUUGUUCCAGGGACAGUACCAGAUACGCGACUCCUUAUUCUUCUUCUAGGAGCAGUACAAACUAUGUCUGAUCUUGAUGUCUGUUUUCUAGGGGCAGUACCAAUUUGUGUCCUGUGCUUUCUAGGGAGCAGACCAAGAAGUCGAUCUUGGUCUGUUUUUAGGGAGCACAAAGACUCUGUCUACUCUGAUUUGUUCCAGGGCAGACAAAGACUAAUUCUUUGAGUCUGUUUUCAUGGGCAGACCAAAUACAUUUCUCCUUGUGUCUGUUUUCUAGGGCAGACCCAAGACAUUCUACUCUUGAUGUCUGUUUUUACCAGGCAGACCCAAGAUACGUCUAUCUUAGUCUGUUUUCUGGGGCAGUACCCAAGACUAUGUCAUCUUGAGUCUGUUUUCAGGACAUACCAAAGACUAGUCUGAUCCUUGUGUCUGUUUUAGGAAGACAAAAAGACUAUGUCGACUCCUUGAUGUCUGUUUUCGGGAGCAGUACCAAAGACGUCUGACUCCUUGAUGUCUGCUUUCUAGGAGCGUACCAAGACUACUUUGAAUUGAUGUCUUCUUCUAGGGAGCUACCAAAGACUACUUCAUUGUGUCUGUCCCUGUACCAAAAUCUUUAGGGAGGGAAGCACAACCAAAGACUACUUUCUCCACAGAGCCAUACAGAGCCUGGAACGGUAUUUCUACCUGAUUGUGUUCAACGCAUACCUUCAUGAACAGGUAUGGCUUUGUUCCAAAUGGCACCCAUAGCGAAAUUCUAUCUUUCACUCAUACAUACAAGCCAAUGUUAUUUUCUAUUGACUCUGCUGUUUGUCUUUUCUGGCUGCCAUUGUUUGUGCUUUGCAUUGAGAUGACAAAUGUCCUGUUUUUAGCAGACAAAGACAUCUCAAUCUUUACGUCUGAUUUUACCAUGGCAGACAAAGACCUAAAUCUUUACGUCUGAUUUUACCAUGGCAGCAAAGACAUCUCAAUCUUUUGUGUCCUGUUUUUACCAUGGCAGACAAAGACAUCUCAAUCUUUUGUGUCCUGUUUUUACCAUGGCAAACAAAGACAUCUCAAUCUUUACAUCUGUUUUUACCAUGGCAGACAAAGACAUCUCAAUCUUUACGUCUGAUUUUACCAUGGCAAACAAAGACAUCUCAAUCUUUUGUGUCCUGAUUUUACCAUGGCAGACAAAGACAUCUCAAUCUUUACGUCUGAUUUUACCAUGGCAGACAAAGACAUCUCAAUCCUUGUCUGUUUUGUGGUGUUGCAGUAUUCUCUUGGCUUUGCGUCCAACUUCAGCCAGUGGCUGUGUGCUCACGCCUGGGUGUACCGCCUGCUGGCCUGUAUGGACCUAUCAGAACUCUCCGCUCCGCCCGAUCUCGUCACCAAGGGAGCCCGCGUUUUGGUGAGAACCUCCCACCAAAUGACAUCACGACACACUCACUCAGACCCACUGCAGAACAUCGAACUCAGUCAGGAGCAGAGAAAUAGAGUUUCUCUGUUUCAAGUUUGUUUGCCUUGUGUAAUGAAUACAUUCACUGGAAAUCUAACUCAUUAUCUUAUGUACUUACUGUGUGUGUGUGUGUGUGUGUGUGUGUGUGUGUGUGUGUGUGUGUGUGUGUGUGUGUGUGUGUGUGUGUGCGUGUGUGCGUGUGCGUGUGUGUGUGUGCGCGCAGGUUGCUCAUGAGUACCUGUCUCCAGACAUACUCAGCACAGUGAAGGAGAUGAAGGUGGCUAACUUCAGAAGAGUCCCCAAGAUGCCCGUCUACGGCAUGUCACAGCCUACAUCAGAGGUAAGAUCUACACCAACCCCCCGUACCCUGUCACAUUUGGUCAAUGUCCAAAAUGCUAGUUUCCCAGAACUUUCUAUCUUUAGCAGACAUAAAAAAACGUUUUAAGACAUCCCAGUUCUUACAGUACGUUGUCUGUCAAGCUGAACUGAAGCGUAUCUGCGGGGGUUGUGUGUUUGUAGGCGACGGGUGCGGUGCUGACCCACCUGACAGAUGAGAAGAGGAAGUACAGCCACGUGCUGUGGGUCAACCUGCAGGAGGAGCUGGUUCUGGAGGGGAACGGACAGGUCUUCACUCCCAGAGAGCCUUCCUGUCUGGAGCAACACAUCCCUGUCCCCGCCACAGACCCCACACACAUAGAGGUACUAGAUACACCAUAUAUACAAAAGUAUGUGGACACCCCUUCAAAUUAGUGGAUUCGGCUAUUUUAGCCACACCCGUUGCUGACAGGUGUAUAAAAUCAAGCACACCGCCAUGCAAUCUCCAUAGACAUAAAUUGGCUGUAAAAUGGCCUUACUGAAGAGCUCAGUGCCUUUCAACGUGGCACCGUCAUAGGAUGCCACCUUUCCAACAAUUCAGUUCGUCAAAUUUCUGCCCUGCUAGAGCUGCCCCGGUCAACUCUAAGUGCUGUUAUUGUGAAGUGGAAACGUCUAGGAGCAACAACGGCUCAGCCGCGAAGUGGUAGGCCAACUGACCCUAAACUUAACCUCCAGCACAUAGACGUACUAACUGACCCUAACCUUAACCUCCAGCACAUAGAGGUACUAACUGGCCCUAACCUCCAGCACAUAGAGGUAUUAACUGACCCUAACCGUAACCCCCAGCACAUAGAGGUACUAACUGACCCUAACCCCCAGCACAUAAAGGUACUAACUGACCCUAACCCUAACCUUAACCACUAGCACAUAGAGGUAUUAACUGACCCUAACCUUAACCCUAACCUUAACCCCCAGCACAUAGAGGUAUUAACUGACCCUAACCUUAACCCUAACCUUAACCACUAGCACAUAUAGGUAUUAACUGACCCUAACCUUAAACCAAACCUUAACCCCCAGCACAUAGAGGUAUUAACUGAACCUAACCUUAACCCCCAGUACAUAGAGGUAUUAACUGAACCUAAGCUUAACCCCCAGCACAUAGAGGUAUUAACUGAACCUAAGCUUAACCCCCAGCACAUAGAGGUAUUAACUGACCUUAACCCCCAGCACAUAGAGGUAUUAACUGACCCUUAACCCCCAGCACAUAGAGGUAUUAACUGAACCUUAACCCCCAGCACAUAGAGGUAUUAACUGAACCUUAACCCCCAGCACAUAGAGGUAUUAACUGAACCUUAACCCCCAGCACAUAGAGGUAUUAACUGACCUUAACCCCCAGCACAUAGAGGUAUUAACUGAACCUUAACCCCCAGCACAUAGAGGUAUUAACUGAACCUUAACCCCCAUCACAUAGAGGUAUUAACUGAACCUUAACCCCCAGCACAUAGAGGUAUUAACUGAACCUUAACCCCCAGCACAUAGAGGUAUUAACUGAACCUUAACCCCCAGCACAUAGAGGUAUUAACUGAACCUUAACCCCCAGCACAUAGAGGUAUUAACUGAACCUUAACCCCCAGCACAUAGAGGUAUUAACUGAACCUUAACCCCCAGCACAUAGAGGUAUUAACUGAACCUUAACCCCCAGCACAUAGAGGUAUUAACUGAACCUUAACCCCCAGGACAUAGAGGUAUUAACUGAACCUUAACCCCCAGCACAUAGAGGUAUUAACUGAACCUUAACCCCCAGCACAUAGAGGUAUUAACUGAACCUUAACCCCCAGCACAUAGAGGUAUUAACUGAACCCUAACCCCCAGCACAUAGAGGUAUUAACUGAACCUUAACCCCCAGCACAUAGAGAUAUUAACUGAACCUUAACCCCCAGCACAUAGAGGUAUUAACUGAACCUUAACCCCCAGCACAUAGAGGUAUUAACUGAACCUUAACCCCCAUCACAUAGAGGUAUUAACUGAACCUUAACCCCCAGCACAUAGAGGUAUUAACUGAACCUUAACCCCCAGCACAUAGAGGUAUUAACUGAACCUUAACCCCCAGCACAUAGAGGUAUUAACUGAACCUUAACCCCCAGCACAUAGAGGUAUUAACUGAACCUUAACCCCCAGGACAUAGAGGUAUUAACUGAACCUUAACCCCCAGCACAUAGAGGUAUUAACUGAACCUUAACCCCCAUCACAUAGAGGUAUUAACUGAACCUUAACCCCCAGCACAUAGAGGUAUUAACUGAACCUUAACCCCCAUCACAUAGAGGUAUUAACUGAACCUUAACCCCCAGCACAUAGAGGUAUUAACUGAACCUUAACCCCCAGCACAUAGAGGUAUUAACUGAACCUUAACCCCCAUCACAUAGAGGUAUUAACUGAAUCUUAACCCCCAGCACAUAGAGGUAUUAACUGAACCUUAACCCCCAGCACAUAGAGGUAUUAACUGAACCUUAACCCCCAGCACAUAGAGGUAUUAACUGAACCUUAACCCCCAGCACAUAGAGGUCCAGUGUUUCAUGUUACCCUGCUGAUUUGGUGUGAUACAGAAGUUCCAGGUUAUCUCUCCCUACUAGCGAUCAGCCUCGCUGUGACUCACUGGCUUGACUGUCCCCGUCAAAAUCAAAUCAAAUGUUCCCUGUAGGGAACAUAAUACUGUUUGUAUGAUGCUGCAAAUAAAUGUUCUUUACACAGACCAUAAAGUCAGUAAAGGAAAGUGAGGGUCUCCCGAGUGGCCCAGCGGUCUAAGGCACUGCAGUGCUUAGAGGCGUCACUACAGAUCCGGGUUCGAUCCUGGGCUGUGUCGCAGCUGGCCGCGACCGGGAGACCCAUGAGGCGACGCACAAUUUGGCCCAGCGUCGUCCGGGUUAGGGGAGGGUUUGGCCGGGCCGGGAUGUCCUUGUCCCAUCGCACUCUAGCGACCUCUUGUGGCGGUCCGGGCGCAUGCACGCUGGCUUCGGUCGCCAGUUGUACGGUGUUUCCUCCGACACAUUGGUGCGGCUGGCUUCCGGGUUAAGUGAGCAGUGUGUCAAGAAGCAGUGCGGCUUGGCAGGGUCGUGUUUCAGAGGACGCAUGGCUCUCGACCUUCGCCUCUCCCGAGUCCGUACGGGAGUUGCAGCGAUGGGACAAGACUGUAACUACCAAAUUGGGUAUCACGAAAUUGGGGAGAAAAAGGGGUAGUCUGACUGUCUCUCCCCUCCUCUCUACCCCAGAAACUAGAGACCGCCCUGGGAGAGGAGGUUCAGAGAGCCCAGAAGUGGCUGGAGGUGUCUCUGGAGCAGGAGAAACAGAUGAAGAUGUUUAAAACCUGUCUGACGGUCCAGGAGGUCUUCAAUCAGUACAAGAGAACACAUCAGGGACUGCUGUAUAAACGCAUCCCUCUGUCAGACUGCUGCGCCCCCAAGGAGGAGGUACAGACGGACGCCACGCAGCCACACACACAAAUAUAUAUAUAUAUACACACACACACAUGCACAUACACGCACACACACACACACACAUACACACACGCACAUACACACACAUACACGCACACAUACGCACACAUACACACACACACACACACGCACAUACACGCACACACACGCACACAUACACACACACACACACAUACACGCACACACACGCACACAUACACACACGCACAUACACGCACAUACACGCACACACACGCACACAUACACACACACACACACACACACACACACAAAGGUAAUGGGUUUUGUGGAGGCACUGCAGUGGCAGGUUUUCAUUUGGCGAUGAUAUGAGGGGUGAAAAUGGAAAGCUUUGUACUCCCUCUAGUGGUGUUGAAUGUUAUUACACAUGUUGUAUCAAUAAAAUAACUGAAUAUAGCCAUCUCGUGUGUGUGUGUGUGUGUGUGUGUGUGUGUGUGUGUGUGUGUGUGUGUGUGUGUGUGUGUGUGUGUGUGUGUGUGUGUGUGUGUGUGUGUGUGUGUGUGUGUGUGUGUGUGUGUGUGUGUGUGUGUGUGUGUGUGUGUGUGUGUGUGUGUGUGUGUGUGUGUGUGUGUGUGUGUGUGUGUGUGUGUGUGUGUGUGUGUGUGUGUGUCUGUGUGUGUGCAUGUGUUUUACCUCCAGGACUUUGACCAGCUCAUGGAGGCCAUGAAGAGUACCUUGGCAGAGGACUCUCACUCAGCCUUCGUGUUUAACUGCUCCAACGGCAAGGGAAGAACUACCACAGCCAUGGUCAUAGCUGCCCUCACUCUCUGGCACUUCAAUGUAAGACCACUCCCCUCACUCUCUGGCACUUCAAUGUAAGAGUCUAUUCUGGAAUACCAACGUAUAAUCCAGGAAUAGUCACUUUUCAAGUUAAUUUGCCUUCUAAUAAACACAUUGGAGAGGUUACCAGAUCUGUAAGACCAGUAUUAAACCAGCAAUGUUCAUCCGUUGUUGGUUUGUUUCUGCCUCAGGGGUUUCCUGAGUUCGGUGAUGAUGAGCUUGUCAGUGUUCCUGAUGCCAAGUACACAAAGGGAGAAUUCAAGGUGAGUAACAACAUAGAGACUUUUACCAAAAGAAGGUUUGAGUGGAACAUGACCGUUUUAGAUUCACCACAUUACCAGAGACUAUAGUGUUGGAGCUCUAGUGUCCUAGCAACCACCUAACAGACAUGAUUCUCCUCUGGUCUGGAAUAGUCUGGCUGAAUGGGGCCUGUAGAGAGAGGCUCUCCCUCUGCCUCCCCAAUGGCUCCACAAUCCCUAUUUAGUGGACUACUUUUGAUCUGGGCCCCCCUUAGGGCUCUGCUCAAAAGUAGUGCACUGUACAGGGUAUGUGAGGCCAUUUGGGACUCACCUUUCCUCUCAUUAGCUGUGGUCUGAUAAUGAGCCAGUGGUCAGUUCGGGUUCAGAAAACGUUCAUGUCCUCAAUGAGCCAGUGGUCAGUUCAGGUUCAGAAAACGUUCAUGUCCUCAAUGAGCCAGUGGUCAGUUCAGGUUCAGAAAACGUUCAUGUCCUCAAUGAGCCAGUGGUCAGUUCGGGUUCAGAAAACGUUCAUGUCCUCAAUGAGCCAGUGGUCAGUUCAGGUUCAGAAAACGUUCAUGUCCUCAAUGAGCCAGUGGUCAGUUCAGGUUCAGAAAACGUUCAUGUCCUCAAUGAGCCAGUGGUCAGUUCGGGUUCAGAAAACGUUCAUGUCCUCAAUGAGCCAGUGGUCAGUUCGGGUUCAGAAAACGUUCAUGUCCUCAAUGAGCCAGUUCAUAUUGCAGCAAACACAAUACGUCCAGAUUAAAUCACAGAUUUAAAAGCAACAACAACUGAUAGCGAAUUAUAUUUACAAGCAAAGUAGGCUGAAUAAGUGCAAUUUGAUAAAAAUGUCAUAAUUGGGCCACAUGUACUGUACAUGUCAGUGAUUCCCGGGCCAAACCAUACAUAACAUGUAAACAUGACUGACUGAGUCGCUUUGGAUAAAAGCACCUGCUAAUUCACACACAGUUAGUCAACAGUGGAGUGUCUGGGUUACAGAGGACAGUACUGACCCAGGCUGGUUACUAGGGAAACUCUGGCUGGCUGACUGACACAUAGGACCUGCAGGCCUGUCCUGUCCGCUGGCAGUCUGGCUGCAACACAGGCUCUGGUCCAUUCUCUGUCUGUGGAUAUGGGCCAACUCUGGGUCAACACAAUUUUAUGUAAAUGUCAACACCAUAUUAUGUAAAUGAAACCUGGGGUCCAUUAUAACUCAGUGACCUGUAAAAAUGGGGCCUGAUGCAUCUCUGCUUGGCGCUCCACAUUAAGGAGAUAGAUUGGGGGGUAAUGACCUGCGAUAGACUAGUGUCCUGUCCAGGGGGUGUCCUGGUACAUCAAGCUGCCUCACGCUACAGAAACAAGAGAUAGACUAGUGUCCUGUCCAGGGGGUGGACUGGUACAUCAAGCUGCCUCACGCUACAGAAACAGGAGAUAGACUAGUGUCCUGUCCAGGGGGUGUCCUGGUACAUCAAGCUGCCUCACGCUACAGAAACAGCGUUCUGAGACGUUCUGGCUCGCACAAGCCAAGGCCAAGACUAUUUACUUAUUACUACCUGGGGUCCAUGGUAACACAUCACCAUCUCUCUUCACUACCUGGGGUCCAUGGUAACACGUCACCACCAUCUCUCUUCACUACCUGGGGUCCAUGGUAACACAUCACCACCAUCUCUCUUCACUACCUGGGGUCCAUGGUAACACGUCACCACCAUCUCUCUUCACUACCUGGGGUCCAUGGUAACACAUCACCACCAUCGCUCUUCACUACCUGGGGUCCAUGGUAACACAUCACCACCAUCGCUCUUCACUACCUGGGGUCCAUGGUAACACAUCACCACCAUCUCUCUUCACUACCUGGGGUCCAUGGUAACACAUCACCACCAUCUCUCUUCACUACCUGGGGUCCAUGGUAACACAUCACCACCAUCUCUCUUCACUACCUGGGGUCCAUGGUAACACAUCACCACCAUCUCUCUUCACUACCUGGGGUCCAUGGUAACACAUCACCACCAUCUCUCUUCACUACCUGGGGUCCAUGGUAACACAUCACCACCAUCUCUCUUCACUACCUGGGGUCCAUGGUAACACAUCACCACCAUCGCGCUUCACUACCUGGGGUCCAUGGUAACACAUCACCACCAUCUCUCUUCACUACCUGGGGUCCAUGGUAACACGUCACCACCAUCUCUCUUCACUACCUGGGGUCCAUGGUAACACAUCACCACCAUCGCUCUUCACUACCUGGGGUCCAUGGUAACACGUCACCAUCUCUCUUCACUACCUGGGGUCCAUGGUAACACGUCACCACCAUCUCUCUUCACUACCUGGGGUCCAUGGUAACACAUCACCACCAUCUCUCUUCACUACAUGGGGUCCGUGGUAACACGUCACCACCAUCUCUCUUCACUACCUGGGGUCCAUGGUAACACAUCACCAUCUCUCUUCACUACCUGGGGUCCAUGGUAACACAUCACCACCAUCUCUCUUCACUACCUGGGGUCCAUGGUAACACGUCACCACCAUCUCUCUUCACUACCUGGGGUCCAUGGCAACACAUCACCACCAUCUCUCUUCACUACCUGGGGUCCAUGGUAACACAUCACCACCAUCUCUCUUCACUACCUGGGGUCCAUGGUAACACGUCACCACCAUCUCUCUUCACUACCUGGGGUCCAUGGUAACACAUCACCACCAUCUCUCUUCACUACCUGGGGUCCAUGGUAACACAUCACCACCAUCUCUCUUCACUACCUGGGGUCCAUGGUAACACAUCACCAUCUCUCUUCACUACCUGGGGUCCAUGGUAACACAUCACCACCAUCUCUCUUCACUACCUGGGGUCCAUGGUAACACAUCACCACCAUCUCUCUUCACUACCUGGGGUCCAUGGUAACAUGUCACCACCAUCUCUCUUCACUACCUGGGGUCCAUGGUAACACAUCACCACCAUCUCUCUUCACUACCUGGGGUCCAUGGUAACACGUCACCACCAUCUCUCUUCACUACCUGGGGUCCAUGGUAAACACAUCACCACCAUCUCUCUUCACUACCUGGGGUCCAUGGUAACACGUCACCACCAUCUCUCUUCACUACCUGGGGUCCAUGGUAACACAUCACCACCAUCUCUCUUCACUACCUGGGGUCCAUGGUAACACAUCACCACCAUCGCUCUUCACUACCUGGGGUCCAUGGUAACACAUCACCAUCUCUCUUCACUACCUGGGGUCCAUGGUAACACAUCACCACCAUCUCUCUUCACUACCUGGGGUCCAUGGUAACACGUCACCACCAUCUCUCUUCACUACCUGGGGUCCAUGGUAACACAUCACCACCAUCUCUCUUCACUACCUGGGGUCCACGGUAACACGUCACCACCAUCUCUCUUCACUACCUGGGGUCCAUGGUAACACAUCACCACCAUCUCUCUUCACUACCUGGGGUCCAUGGUAACACGUCACCACCAUCUCUCUUCACUACCUGGGGUCCAUGGUAACACAUCACCACCAUCUCUCUUCACUACCUGGGGUCCAUGGUAACACAUCACCACCAUCUCUCUUCACUACCUGGGGUCCAUGGUAACACAUCACCACCAUCUCUCUUCACUACCUGGGGUCCAUGGUAACACAUCACCACCAUCGCUCUUCACUACCUGGGGUCCAUGGUAACACAUCACCAUCUCUCUUCACUACCUGGGGUCCAUGGUAACACAUCACCACCUCUCUUCACUACCUGGGGUCCAUGGUAACACAUCACCAUCUCUCUUCACUACCUGGGGUCCAUGGUAACACGUCACCACCAUCUCUCUUCACUACCUGGGGGUCCAUGGUAACACAUCAUCACCAUCUCUCUUCACUACCUGGGGUCCAUGGUAACACGUCACCACCAUCUCUCUUCACUACCUGGGGUCCAUGGUAACACGUCACCACCAUCUCUCUUCACUACCUGGGGUCCAUGGUAACACAUCACCACCAUCUCUCUUCACUACCUGGGGUCCAUGGUAACACAUCACCACCAUCUCUCUUCACUACCUGGGGUCCAUGGUAACACAUCACCACCAUCUCUCUUCACUACCUGGGGUCCAUGGUAACACAUCACCAUCGCUCUUCACUCGGUCAUGAUGAAAAGCCUGUUUAGCCUGUUUCCAGUUUUUAAGCGAAAUUUGUUUUUAAAUUAUUAGAAUAGAGCAUCAAUAAAUCUUUACUCCUGUGUAAUAUGAUGGUUAAUCCAGAAUAUAAGAGAUUGUAAAACAUGUAUCGGAUUUGACAGUGAGUGUGUGUGUGUAUUCUGGCCUGUCUGACAGUGAGUGUGUGUGUGUUCUGUCCUGUCUAACAGUGAGUGUGUGUAUUCUGUCCUGGCUGACAGUGAGUGUGUGUGUUCUGUCCUGUCUGACAGUGAGUGUGUGUGUUCUGUCCUGUCUGACAGUGAGUGUGUGUGUGUUCUGUCCUGUCUAACAGUGAGUGUGUGUAUUCUGUCCUGUCUGACAGUGAGUGUGUGUGUGUAUUCUGUCCUGUCUGACAGUGAGUGUGUGUGUUCUGUCCUGUCUGACAGUGAGUGUGUGUGUUCUGUCCUGUCUGACAGUGAGUGUGUGUGUUCUGUUCUGUCUGACAGUGAGUGUGUGUAUUCUGUCCUGUCUGACAGUGAGUGUGUGUGUAUUCUGUCCUGUCUGACAGUGAGUGUGUGUGUGUUCUGUCCUGUCUGACAGUGAGUUUGUGUGUUCUGUCCUGUCUGACAGUGAGUGUGUGUGUUCUGUCCUGUCUGUCUGUCCCCAGGUGGUGAUGCAGCUAGUUAGACUGCUGCCGGACGGUCACCGGAUGAAGAGGGAGGUAGACAUGGCUUUGGACUCUGUCAGCGAGACCAUGACCCCCAUGCAUUACCACCUCAGAGAGAUAAUCAUCUGUACCUAUAGACAGGUAGGACCACCCCCCUUUACACACCUAUAG